AUGGAAGUGGGGAAAAGUCCGUCUGUGUUUGACCUCACCGGUCAGCGUGCAAUCGUAACCGGCGCAUCGCGGGGCCUGGGCCGUCAUUUCGCCCUUACACUGGCGCUAGCAGGCGCAGAAGUGGCUCUGGCUGCCCGUGGGAUUGACCGGUUGAAGGCGGCUGUCAAGGAAAUCGAAGGGUUCGGCAGUUGUGCGGUUGCGAUCCAAGUUGAUGUGACCGACGGCAAGAGCGUAAGGGCAUGCGUCGAAACAGCGGAGAAGACGCUUGGCCCCAUUGAUAUUCUCGUCAAUAACGCCGGUAUUGCUGUAACUAAGCCACUGCUUGAACACGCCGAAGAGGACUGGGACUCGGUGCUUGACACAAAUCUCAAGGGGGUUUGGCUGAUGGCACAGGAGGUCGCACGACGCAUGGUUCACCGGGGACAGGGCGGGAGCAUCAUCAAUAUCGCGUCGGUGCUCGGAGAACGUGGAAUCUCACAAUUGCCGGGGAUACUGCGCUUCCAAGGCGGCAUCAUCAACCUGACACGAGCGAUGGCGGUCGAGUUAGCACCGCAUGGGAUACGGGUCAACGCGAUUGCGCCCGGUUAUAUUGAAACCGAUAUGAACCGUCAAUUCUUCACUACGCAGGUUGGUCAACGCCUGAUUAAGCGCAUUCCCCAACGCCGAUUGGGGCAGGUUGAAGACCUUGACGGGGUAUUGCUACUACUAUCUUCUGACGCAUCUCGCUAUAUGACCGGAAGCGUUACUACCGUUGAUGGUGGUCAAUCUGCUUCAUUGUAG